AUGGUCUCUCGGUGGCAGGGCGUGGGGGCCUACAAGCGCCGCAGAUCUCUAGAGGACCAGGAGCAGCUGGAGGAGAGCGACCUCACGCAGCCUACAACUGGCCAUCUUGGGAGCUCCAGCAGCGCCCUGGGCUCGCUGCGCAGACAGUUCCAAAAGAGGCUGCCCCUGAGAACCGUCAGCCUCAACCUCGGGGCAGGCCCCUCCUGGAAACGCCUGGAAAACCCAGAGCCAGGGCAGCAGGGCGUCCAGGCUGCGGCGCGCUCAGCUAAGAAUGCCUUCGGUGCCAUGUCCCAGAGAAUCCAAGAGUCCUGCCAAAAUGGCUCCAAGUGGUUGGUGGACACUCAGGUAAAAGCUAGAAGGAAGAGAGGGGCACCGAAGGGCAGUGGUCCUCCAGCUCGUAGCCUGAGCCAGAAGAGCACCCGGCCACCUGGAGCCAGCCCUGCCUACUCAGCCCUAGACCCCUGGGAGGCAGAGCAGCACAGUUUCUCGAGCCAGAGGACGCCACGGGCCCACCUGCGACAGCGGUCCAGGAGGGAGGCUGUCUUGAGGAGCCCCUAUUCCUCAACAGAGCCCCUCUGCUCCCCCAGUGAGUCUGACAGUGACGUGGAGCCGGUGGGGGUGGGAAUCCAGUGUCUCCAGAAGCUGUCUCACAAGUUACAUGAAGUCAUUGUGGCUGAAGACAGUGGCGACAUGACCGUUUCUCUCAUUCGGGACUGA